UUAUAUACAAUUCUAUGCUUGAAAUGGCUACGCACAAGUCCUAAUCAAGACCUUUUAACAUGUUCCUCAAAUUCUUAACAAUCACUAUCAACAACAAAAUGUUUUCUUUGUAGAAGUAAGCAAUCACAUUUUGAAACUAGUUUUUAAAUUGUUCAAAGAUAUUUAGCAAUGGAAAUUAUAUUUACAGAGUUUCUACUUGAUUCACUGACAAAUAUAUUGUUAACAUUUCUCAUGAUAAUGUGAGUCAAUUUCAAAUCCAGUUGAACUCUUUGCUAUGAAAUAUUUCAAAAUAAUGAUGAAGCUCUUAUUUACAGAACAUGCAUCAUUAUUAGAACCAUCACCCAGCAGCUAGCUUGGACACCAUUAGAAGGAUACUCGUGAAGACAGAGUGUCAGGGCCUCUACCUGGAGCUACACCCUCCAGAAGCCUCUGCUUGGCCUGCCUCCCCGCCUCCAUUCCCAACCCAGCCAAUCACAACUUGGGCUGUGCGUGGUGUUUCUUGGAAACUGGAACACAGACUUCUCCUGCAGCUCCUCAGGCCCCUUGUCCUCAAUGAGCAGAAGACUACAGAAGCUGGCUACAGAAGAGGCUGUCCAAGUGCCCUUGGCCUUGCUUAGCACAUUUACCACAAAGCACUCCCUGAGUACUGGAUGUUACUCAUUCAUACUCACCACCUGCAGAGGAAUUUCUCACACCCCAAUUUACUAAGGGCUACCCUUUAAAACGCUUCAGAGGCAACUUCCCAACUUCCCAUAGAGAGGUGGCCUGCCUCAGGUUAUAGCUAAACACCUAUAGUGCUAAGGGGAUCAAUAAAUCUUUGCCUAUCUGUAUUUCAGGUAACUGGAAGACUUUGCUGUUUAUCUUUGUUCUUUUGGUGGGAAGCAUUAACUACUGCUUCAGUUACUGAAGUAACUGAAUGGUAUAGUAUAGUGGUAGUAUAGAACUACUGAGCAUUUCUUUUCUUCUCGAGUCAGUUUUGAUUGCAUAUAUUUUCUUAAGGAUUAAUCCACUUUAAUUUAUACUUUCAAAUCCAUUAGCCUGAAAUUUCCUUAUUUUUAAAUUCUUCGCUAUAUAUAAUCUGUAGCUAUGUCUCCUUUCUCAUUGCUAAUAUUGGUUAUUUGUGCCUUUUCACUUUUUUUCUUGAUCAAUCUCACCAGAGGUUUGUCUAUUUUAUUAGUCUUUUCAAAAAACCAACUUUUAGCUUUGUUGCUUCUGUCUAUUGUGUCUUUGUUUUCUAUCUCUUUAAUUUCUGCUCUUAUCUUUUUUGAUCUCCUUCCUUCUACUUUUUUUGGGUUUAUUCUGUUGUUCUUUUUCUAA